AUGGAGGUCAAGCCAAAGGAUAUCUGCUACUACAAAAUCUUCUUGGAAAAUCCUUCUGCUCAAGCGGCACAAAGUGUGCUCAAUGCCUGCUACGAGAUUGCUCGGCCUUGGACAUCUGACUACAUCUGGCAGAACGAGCCAUUCUCUAUCUGCCUCAUUGGAACGCAUCUGGAAGGCUCUUUUGGAUUCGGCGAUUGUAUUGAAGACGAGUGGUUUGUCGUGUGGAUUCUUCGAUCGCUGUCUGAACGUUGUCCACAGAUUUAUGUUAGUGUUACGGAUUCUGAUGGAGAAUUUCUACUGAUUGAGAGUGCAAUGCAUCUUCCUCGUUGGCUGGAUCCAGAUAAUGCCGAGAAUAGAGUGUGGAUAAUGCGUGGGCAGCUUGCUAUUAUUCCUGCUCCAGCAGAGGCCAUCAAGGCGAGACAGUGUCCUCCACUGCCCCUCGACGAUGCCUUGGACCAUCUCAGGAACUUAAAACCUCUUUUGUUCCUCCCUGAAGUCCAGAAAGAUGCGUUCUCAAGAAUAUUACGCUACCCCGGGCAAGCUAGAAAGGAGAUGCACAGAACAAGGUGCAGGCUCCCUCGUAAAAUUGCAACUUUGCUUCAUUCUAAUCGGCAGCUUGUUGCGAAUGCAUGCACGGCUCUAUUCUAUAAAGGACCGGAAGAAGAUACCUUCAUACAAGGCCUCGAACCAGACCAGGAUUACGUUGACAUGGUUGUCAAAAUGACAAGAACCUUAUAUGCGCAAAUCAAAGGCGUCAGGCUACUCCUUCCUCCGUCAUACAAGCAAACAAAUGAAGACGAGGGCUCGGAUGUCGGCUACAAGCUCACCUGUGGUCUUGAACUUGCCCUCAGGGGCGAUGAAAAGUUGCGCGACGUUGCUGACAAGUGCCUCAAAGGACCACUCCUCACUGACAGUGAUUUGGCGAAGCUUCCAAUGCAAGAAGACUCUGAUGCUUACCUGUACGUCAACUUUGAAGAGCUCGAAAAGCAAACAGGCGAUGAUGCACAAACUCAGAAUGACGCUGAUGGUGAAGCUACGCUCAAGAAGAUGGUUGAACAAAUGCGACGUUUUGUGAAUGAUGAUAUAUCUGGUCUAGAGGGGGCUGAAAUUGACCCUUUGUCGAGCGAGGAAGAGGACUUCGAGGAUGAAGAAGAGGACAGCGACGAGUAUGACUCAGACGACGAAUCUUUCGAGAAUGGACAAGACUUCAUGUCCUUCCUGCGCUCUUCGGUGGCGAAUAAGGAUGCUCUACGUGCGAUGCAAUUUGCAACACAACAGAAGCACGAACGAGAAGACGCAGAAGACUCCGAUGAAGACGAGGCUGGAGAAGUACCAGAUUUGAAGACCUACAUGGCAGAGAUGGAUGCUGAGCUAGCGACCACGACGAAGUCGACACACUCACUGGAUUGA